UGUACCAAUCGGUCAAAAAUUAGUGUCGCUUCAUUCAUUUUCUUUGAGACAAAUGAGUGGAAGAAGAACGAAGGACCAGACUUUGGAGUGUAUUUAUAGUUUAUUUCAUUUAUAUAAAACUUAUACAAGCCUACACUCUCUUGAUAACUUGAAACGGAAGGAUUUAUCAUUCAUUGGAAAAACUCAAAGUGGCCCCCUAAUCUUCUUUUAUAUGAUGACUUUUCGAUUCUGAAUCGACACAUGAAGAAAGUCAUUUGUUUACUCUGACGUGGUAAUAAAUGAUUUCAUUCCUUAUAAGGUGAUUGUGCCUUUGAAGUUCUUGCUACUACAGUGUAGACAAUGACAUUCACGAAAAUAUACCUUAGUUUCAUAUGGCUUUCAGUUUUGUUAGGAGUUACUUUGGCGGCUUCUAAUGCUACAACAAUAUAUUCGUUGCUACAGAGUCAAAAAGACUAUACGUUUACCGUACAAAGUAUGGAACUGACCAAUCUGACAAGCAUAUACAACAACACCUUUCUGAACUAUACUUUCCUUGCUUCAAAUGACACUGCCUGGGAGAAUUCAUCAGCCAACGCCACUGGUGCACUAAGUGCAGCCAAGCAAAACGUAACUGGAGCAAUAGACUUUUUAGGUCGUUUACUGGUAGCUAGUACAGUGAAUACAACAGUGGAGUUUAGUUCCCUUUCUAGUGGUACAACAGGCGUUGUUUCCUUGAUAGGACUGCCUCUUAACUUUACGAAAAAUUCGACUGGAGACUCUGUCGAAGGUGACCCAGUUAUUUCUCCUGACGUUGCUGCUGGGAACUCUGUAGUUCAGUUUCUGGAGUUUCUAUUAGUUCCUCCAGCACCACCAACAACAACUGCUGUUCCGACGGCUGCUGCUUCUGCUGUUCCGACUUCUGUUGCUACUGCCGCUCCGACGUCAGCGAUAAUACCAUAAAUGAAAGCGGUUACUCUUACAUGAAUACCAAAGUGUGUUCUUAGAAAAAAAUAAAUGUGAACGAUUGUAUUGUUUUUUAUUGCUCGCAAGGCAAAC